AUGCCUGCCAAGCCGAAGACAGGUGGAAAAUCCUACAAGAAGAAGGCUAACACCGACAGCCUUGCGCGCGACCUCGUUUAUAAAGGCGAAAGCGAGGUCUACGGCGUCUGCACUAAGGUUCUGGGAUGCGGAUACUACACGAUCUAUUGUCUCGAUGGGAUCCGCCGCCGAUGCCACCUGCGUGGGGCUCUUAAGAAGCGCAGAGUGAUGAUGCAUGCUGGAGACUUGGUUUUGGUGUCUCUCAGGGAGUUUAGUACAGAGACAGAUGCAGACAUUGUGCACAAGUAUCAGCCUGAUGAGGUCAAGGAGCUGAAAAAGUAUGGCGAGAUAACUGUAGACUUGGAUGAAAUCUUGGAUAGGGAGGUAGAGGUGUUUAGAGUCGACCAAAAGGACGCCCAGCGAACUGGAAAGGCCGAUAGUGACAACGUGGAGGCUGACGACAAAGAAGACAGCAUUGACAGCGACGAAAUAGACGACUUGUGA